CUGCGGAUCACGAACCCCGAUGACGCGAAUCAGAGUCCGCCCGGCGACCUGUCUACCGAUCAUGUGGAAGCUUCUAUUGGUCUUCCUGCCUUGUCGACCUCUCCGUCGCAUCUCUCAUAUAACCCAAUGACCCAGAGUUCCGAACAAAGCGACCAGACCGCCACCUCGGCAUACAAGUCUCAGUUCGACCAGCCAGGCGAUCCGUCGACAUUCCCCCAGAAUGGAUCAAACCCGUACUCGAGCUCGGCACCUCGACCAGUCUCGGCGAUGUAUUCGGUAGCCAGCGCUGCCGAACGAGACCAGGCCGCGAACUCGUACAGUGCUCUUCGAAACGACAACUCACGAUCCUCUGCGUACGGCGCGCCGUCACGCUCCGACUCGAGAUCGAACGCCACCGGCUACCCAAACCACAUUCCCUCGCGAGAGCCUAGUUAUCGGGAACGAACAUAUCAUGCAGACCGCUCCCCGCCCAUAGGCAGUGGGAGCGGGCCUCUACCGCCUCGGCGAAGUUCCAAAGGGAUGGGCGGCGGUUAUGCUUCUGUUCCCGGUGUUCCAUACGCGCCCGAGUCGCGGACUCCAAUGCCUCAAGAGAUGCAAGUCUCUAGCGGUAGCGAGGAAUGGAAAGAUCGUGGAGCGGCCGUGUCCAUGCGGAAAGAGGUCGAUGCCAAUGGCCGGACAGUCAUGAAACCGGUUAAGAAAGGUGUUAGGGACUUCUCAUUCGGCCGAAUACUUGGCGAAGGUUCUUACAGUACAGUCUAUCUUGCGACAGAUCGCCAGACGCUAAAAGAGUACGCGAUCAAGGUCCUGGGCAAGAAGCACAUCAUCAAGGAAAAGAAGAUCAAGUAUGUCAACAUCGAAAAGGAUACCUUGAACCGGCUCACUGAACACCCCGGAAUCGUUCGGCUAUACUACACCUUCCAGGACGAAAACUCGCUCUACUACGUCUUGGACCUCUGUACUGGCGGCGAGCUUCUGGGUGUGCUUAAGAAGACUGGGACCUUUGAUGAGGAGUGCACACGUUUCUUUGGCGCCCAAAUUCUGGAUGCCAUCGAAUACAUGCAUUCGAGAGGAGUCAUCCAUCGAGACCUCAAGCCCGAGAAUGUGCUCCUUGACGAUCAGAUGCACGUCAAGAUUACGGACUUUGGUACAGCGCGCUUGCUGACAGACCCCCGGAACCCGAAACCCCCUGGUGAUCCGAACUCGAGGGGGAAAGAACAAGACGACAACCGCGCAGGCUCCUUCGUCGGCACGGCCGAAUACGUGAGCCCUGAAUUGCUCACUAACAAGAACGCGUGCAAAGCCAGCGACUUGUGGGCAUUCGGGUGCAUCAUCUAUCAGCUCUUGGCUGGCCGGCCACCCUUCAAGGCUGGCUCGGAAUACCUGACAUUCCAAAAGAUUGUCAGCCUGGAGUACGAGUUCCCGCCUGGAUUCCCUCCUGCUGCCCGAGACCUGGUCGAGCGGUGCCUCGUACUCGACCCAGCGCGCCGCCUUACUAUUGAGCAUAUCAAGAACCAUGAAUUUUUUGAUGGCCAGCCGUUUGGUAAAGGACUUUGGAAAACCAAAGCACCCCGCCUUAGGCCUUAUGUCCCUCCUGCGCAAGAGCCAAAAGUCAUUCAAUUGAACAGUGUACCGACGACAGCGCAGGCUGCUUCUGCUUCCCGGCAGAACUUGGCAGGUUUGAAUGGUAACAGAACCCCGGGUAGAAUCAUUACGGAUAUUCCGCCGCCGUCGCAACUUGAUAUCGAAUGGUCCCCUGUUCUGAGUAGAACCAACGAAAGGAUACUGAGACUCGGUGACCUCAUGGUGCUGUCGACCCCCAUCGCCAAUGGGCCUAAUGGAAAAGAUGGGGAUGGGCACCGAAAGCUCUCUCGUUUCUUUGGAGGUAGCACCACAAAGAAGAGACAGAGGCUUGUCAUGAUCACGUCAAGUGGAAGAAUCAUAUUGGCACCAGCUGGCGGCGAAGAAAAGAAAUCGAAGCAGGAAAUUUCCCUGCUUGCCUCCGAUUGUGCUUGGAAAACCCAGAUCGAUGCUAAGGGACAGACGGUCUGGACUGUGGACUCGAACGGCAUGCAUUACACCUUCGAGGAUGCGAAAGCGCCGUCAUCUCUAGACUCCUCCCGACCGACCGCGAACGACUGGAUUGAAAGUCUCGACCAGGCAAAAGAAUUCGCCUCGAAUCUGUCAAGUUCGUACGGCGGAGAUACAGGUUUUGGAGACAUGCAAUCUUCCAUGUCUAGCCCUGCGAGUACAUUCCACGGAAACAGGGAUUUCCCAGCCGAGGGCUACAGCAUCAGCGAUAGAUCUCACCGCAACCACCUCAGCAAGAGUCAAGCGAGCCUUGAUGAUACACUGCCCCAGAAGCGAAACAGAUUCAGCAAGCGCCAAAGCAAGCAAGGACUUCAGUCUGCAUUCUGAGGCGCCACCAGAAAAAUGCGUCAAAACCCCCGUUCCCUGUUUCAACAGAUUCUCGAGUUUCCUUUGUGGCAGUUGCCUCUUUGUGCGAGCAUAUUCGAGCGAGGCGCCGGCUUUUGUUUUCUUCUUGAUCAUCACAAUAGCGGAUGUAUGUAGUUCGUGCAUAUAGUUUCAAGGGAGUUUGCUGUGGCGGUGGACAACGCAGGGUUCCUCCUCGGCCCUUGCCGAAUGGCCCGGAAGGGCAGUCUGAAUCGGCAGAUAGCGACUCACCCAUCGUGAAUUCUGAAAUUUGGCGGCAUUUUCAUGAUGUUAGCACAUGUCGUGUCGACGUGCCCAGUAGUAUAAAUCUAUUGUCGUUAGUCACACUAAAUCCAACCUUGGAAGUGGUGGCUCUACAGUGCGAAGUGAGUCC